AGGUCUUCGGCGCCAAACAAAAUCAGACCCUCCACCUUCAUAGGAACCUGACGAGAUCCUCCGGCUGUAGAGACCUCUCCUUCUGGUAUUUCACAGCACUGGAGCCUGCAGGACCGCAGCACCAUGAUCCUGAAAGCUCCACAACAGUCAGGAAUUGUCUCCAUGAAUGGAAAGGGGGCCUCUGGGUCCCCCCUGGCUGAGCCUGGACCAUAGCUAGUAGGGAAUCUCCUGCUGAUCUUCAGUCAAGAUAGACUUUGAGAUGUUCGAGGUAAAGACCUGCGCUCAGGAUGUUGGCAGCCAUGCGGAAGAGCUGGAGUGCAAGAUUUGCUACUGUGCUUACAAUCUGGGGUGUCGCAGGCCAAAGGUGUUGGAAUGCUGCCACUGCCUGUGUGCCAAAUGUCUCGCGAAAAUCCACGACUUGGGAGAGUCACCCCCGAGUAGCGUGGUGUGCCCCUUCUGCCGCUACGCCACCAGCCUGCUGGGAGAGGUGGUGAGCAGCCUGCCAGACGACCGCAGCCUGGUGGCCAUGUUGACUUUGCAAAGCAGGAACCGCAGGAACCUUCAGUACCGCCAGGAAAACACCACAGAACUGCUGCUCGACCCCAGAAACCUGGGCGACCCCUCUACUUACUCUUCCAUCCGAGGCUCUCCUAACUUUGUGGUCAUCACCAUCAUGGACACUCUGCCGCGUCCCUCCCUGAGCCAGGACACCCUGCACGGGCCAGGUGGAACCCACGCUCCGAACCGUUUGUCCAGCCAGGACUCCAUGGCGUCCAUCACACAGAGGUGGACCUGGUGGAACUGCGUCGCCCUUCUGUGCCAGACCUCGGCCCGGGUGCUGGUGUGGAUGCUGGGCCUGCUCUUUUUCAGCUCGCUGCCCAUGGGGGUCUACCUGCUUAUCAUGCAGCAGACCACUGUGGGGGUGCUGCUGGUCGGCCUGAUCCCCACCAGCCUGGUUGUUGUCAUGUUCUACGGCUUCUGCCAGUGCUUCUGCCGGGAGGUCUGGAAAUGCAUGCCGCCAUAGUGGGACCAAUGGGGGGUACAUGUAGCAUACUGCUUGGAAGUAUUUUUGAGCCAUUAUGGUAACCGUACCUCCUCAUUAGGAAUCCAAUGAUAGAAGUCAUUAGUCAUCACUUACAAGAGAACAUGCAUGUGAUGUUUAUCUAUAGCCCGGGGGUCGACAACGCGCAGCUUUCGAGCCACAAGCGGCUCUUUGGCGUCGCCUUAGUGGCUUCCUGGAGCUUUUUCAAAAAUGUAUGAAAAUGGAAAAAGAUGAGGAAAAAAAAUCUAUUUUUUGUUUUAAUAUGGUUUCUGUAGGAGGACAAACACGACACAGACCUUCCUAAUUGUUAGAAAUCCCACUGUUUACAUUAAACAUGCUUCACUGAUGAGAGUAUUUGCCAAACGCAAUUUUGUCCUCAUUUCGGCAGUCCUUGAACGCACCGUAGUUUGUUUGCAUGUACAACUUUCCUUGAUGCUGCCACAGAAAGAUGUGUUUUAUGCCACUCCUUCUUCGUCUCUAUUUGUCCGUCCAAAGUCUUAUGCUGUGCGUGAAUGCACAAAGGUGAGCUUUGUUGAUGUUAUUGACUUGUGUGGAGUGCUAAUCAGACAAAUUUGGUCACUGCAUGACAGCAAGCUAAUAUUUAAUUGAUUGAUUGAUUGAUUUAAACUUUUAUUAGUAGAUUGCACAGUACAGUACAUAUUCUGUACAAUUGACCACUAAAUGGUAACACCCGAAUAAGUUUUUCAACUUGUUUAAGUCGGGGUCCACGUUAAUCAAUUCAUGGUAACAUGCUAUUUGUGCUAGCUGUAUGUACAUAAUGCAUCAUUAUGCCUCGUAUUUCAGGUAUAUUUGGCUCAUUUUAUUUGUAGUUUCCGUUUCCUUCAACCUGAACACACACAUCUUUACCUUGGGCCAUUGUAAGCCAGUCAUUUCCAGGAAUUAUCACACCCUCUGAAAAGCAUCCGUUUUAGUAAUGUUUUCCAAUGUUGUAAAAAUGUGUAGAAUAAAUAUUAAAUUUCAACAUUUCUGUCAACGAAGAUUUGCAUCAGCCUAACACACAUAGUCAUUUUGAUAAUAGUCUAAUAUAGACAAUAUAAACACUUACAUCAUGUGUUGCCUUCCUUUUAACACUUAUAUAAGGCUUUACAUUUUUUGCAGCUCCAGGCAGAUUUUUUUUUUGUAUUUUAGUUUAGUUUAGUUUAGUCUUCAUUUGAAGGGACAAUGCACAUAAACAUUAAGCUCAAAGACAGAUAUGUUCUGCACCAGAUUAUAACUAAAUAGCUAAUUUCCAUCUGCAGUCCCAUCCAUCCAUCCAUCCAUCCAUUUUCUACCGCUUAUUCCCUUUUGGGGUCGCGGGGGCGCUGGAGCCUCUGGCUUCCUAAA